GGGCCGCGCAUGGGGACGAGGACUUCGCCCGCGGACUCGGGCAGCUUGCGUUGCGGCUACCGGCUCACACCCAGGCUCACUAGGCCGGGGAGAGGGUCGCGGGAGCGGUGGGCCGCGGGGCAGGGGUCGGUGCGCAGGGAGGGCCGCGGGUCUCGGGCUGCGGGUGCGGGGCUGGGAGGAGGGCGGGGGCGCCAGGCGGCUCCGGGGGGCCCAGGGACAUGGCGCGGCCCGACGGUGAGGAGGGGACGAUGGUGGCGAACGGGCACCCGCCCGCGAACGGGUACCUCCCGGUCCCCGGGGACGCGCCCGCUGGGAAGGCGAGCGCGGAGACGCAGAACGCGCCCAAAGCCGGCUGCCUGGCCCUGAGUGGGGUCUCUCGGGACAGCCCCAAGGCCGCCUCGGGCGCCCUGGACGGGCCGAAAACGCCGCUGGCCCCGGAGGAGGAGACCCAGGCCCGGCUGCUGCCCAAGGACCCCGGCGAGGAGACCCCGGGGGGCGAGGGCGCCCUGGUGCCCCGGACGGCGCUCUCCGCGCGGCGCUUUGUGGUGCUCCUGAUCUUCAGUCUGUACUCGCUGGUGAACGCCUUUCAGUGGAUCCAGUACAGCAUCAUCAGCAACGUCUUCGAGGGCUUUUACAACGUCUCCUCGCUGCACAUCGACUGGCUGUCCAUGGUGUACAUGCUGGCCUACGUGCCCCUCAUCUUCCCGGCCACCUGGCUGCUGGAUACCAGAGGCCUGCGACUCACCGCCCUGCUGGGCUCCGGCCUCAACUGCCUGGGCGCGUGGAUUAAGUGCGGCAGCGUGCAGCAGCAUCUCUUCUGGGUCACCAUGUUGGGCCAGUGCCUGUGCUCAGUGGCCCAGGUGUUCAUCCUCGGCUUGCCCUCCCGCAUCGCUUCAGUGUGGUUUGGACCCAAGGAGGUGUCCACAGCUUGCGCCACCGCCGUGCUAGGUAAUCAGCUUGGAACUGCAGUUGGCUUUUUGCUGCCACCAGUUUUAGUGCCCAAUACACAGAAUAACACACAACUGCUGGCUUGUAAUAUCAGUAUCAUGUUUUAUGGAACUUCAGCUGUCGCCACACUUUUAUUUAUUUUAACAGUAAUUGGCCACUCCAGCAAAGCACUGCUGCCACCACUCGUCCCCGAGUCCUCUCGUCCGGGCCUGUCUCUUGAAGCAGUCAGUCAAAAUCAGCUGCAAGCAGCCAUCAUCAGUUUGGAAGAAGCAUUCAAAGAAAAACCUCAGUAUCCACCAAGCCAGGCUCAAGCAGUUCUCCAAGACAGUCCCCCUGGAGAGUACUCCUACGUGAAAUCAAUAAGGAACCUAUUUAAAAACAUUCCUUUUGUCCUUCUGUUGAUCACUUAUGGUAUCAUGACUGGAGCAUUUUAUUCAGUCUCAACGUUAUUAAAUCAAAUUAUACUGACUUAUUAUGAGGGAGAAGAAGUGAACGCUGGAAGGAUUGGCCUAACACUAGUAUUAGCUGGAAUGGUGGGCUCUAUUCUUUGUGGCUUAUGGCUGGACUAUACCAAAACAUACAAACAUACUACUUUGACAGUUUACAUUUUGUCUUUUGUUGGAAUGGUUAUAUUUACUUUCACACUAAACCUUGGACACAUUGUCAUCGUGUUUGUCACUGGCGGGUUGCUUGGUUUCUUCAUGACUGGUUACCUCCCUUUGGGUUUUGAAUUUGCUGUUGAAAUCACUUACCCUGAGUCUGAAGGUACUUCAUCUGGUCUUCUUAACGCUGCUGCACAGAUAUUUGGAAUUUUAUUCACAUUGGCGCAAGGAAAGCUUACAUCAGACUAUGGUCCUAGGACAGGGAACAUUUUCCUCUGUGUUUGGAUGUUUGUAGGCAUCAUUUUAACAGCAUUAAUCAAGUCUGAUCUGAAAAGACACAAUAUAAAUAAAGGAAUUACAAAUGGCGAUAUUAAAGCUGUACCAGUUGAUAGCCCCACAGAUCAAGAAUCAAAAACUAUUCUGAUGUCCAAGCAGUCAGAGUCAGAGUCUGCAAUUUGAGGGGAAAGGAAAAGUUAAUAUCAUGUGCUAAUUGAAUGAUAAAGCUUAGUUUAUAGGUUAUGGGGAAUGGACACUUACUUGAAAAUUAUUAUGUGACUCCUAAAUGUAGUUACUGUUCUUACUGAAUUGUUAAUUGAAGCAAUAUUUUGCUUAAGAUACUUUUGUUUACGUCAUUUUAACACUAGCGUUUAUCUACUAAGUGUCCCAUCUUAUACUGUUGACCUAAAACUAAGCUUCUUGGCAUUUGUUUUUCAAAAGUAAAUGUUGUUCUUUUUGUAGAAAAUGAAGCUUAGAAGGCUUUCUAAAAUGACAGUAUGGAGGUCCAGUCCCUUCAACUCACAUAGGAGUACAUGCAGUUUGUUGAUAUAAAACUAUCCAGUGGAACCAAGUGGACAGUGUGUUCCUCAUUCUCUCCCUUUCCAUUGUUCCACUGUCCUUCACCGCAGCAUGUGCACAGGCUCCAUGCUGUUGGAACAGUCUGCUCUUUCACAUGCUGCUCCCUUUCCAGCUGUCCAAGCCCCCUCAGUGUGAAUAUAGUCUAUGAAUGUGACAGUUCUAACCCACCAAAUGACACUACUGGGAUGAGACUUACAGGUGACCUCUGAGAUUUUUCCCAUUUCUCACCUUCUUACUAGAAAAUGCUUUGUAACAGGUACUGUCAGUGGCCAUAAAAACUAUUCUGUGUACAGACGGAACCCAUAACUUUGGUCUUAGGCAAAUGUUCUCAUUAGGUGGAAUAACCCAGACACAGACUCAUGACCUUGAGUUCUUCUCUGUGCUGCCUUUCCAUUCAUCGUAAGAAUGCUAACACUAUAUUUUUUCACUCCAACUUGAAAUAGAGUAGUUUUGUAUCCAAUGCCUUUUUUUACUCUUUUUUUUUCUUCAAUAUAUAACUUUCUAGUAAGAAAAUUUCAUCCUGUGUGUUACUGGCUUUUUCAUGACUUCUUGUAUCACACCUUAUACUUUUGCCUUGAAGAUUCCUGAGAUAAGGAAAUCUAUAAUACCUUCAGGUAGCUUAGAUGUUCCCAUUUAGUGGAGACCUCUUGAAAUGCUGUCUGUUCUAAUUCUGGAGCAUCAUUUUUUAUGACCAUUCUCCUUUGAGGAAUCUUGUGCCCAGGUCUGUGCUCCCUCAGUGUGUUGAGGGGGUGGAUUCUUUUCUUCACCACAGAAUGUGCACAGGCUCCAUACUGUUGGAACAGUCUGCUCUUUUACAUGCUCAGGGGAAGGAGAACAGGAUCAAAUGCAUUUCCACAGUGCCUACCGCUGUGUUUGUUUACAGUGAGAAUCUCAGUGUUGUUCAUGUUCUGGCUCUCUAAACUGAUAGGGAAUAUCUUUAGAGUAAUGGCAUUUAAACAGCCAUAAUGUUUAUAUUAUGUCCACAUAAACACAGAAAGCCAAUCAGGUAUUCCGUUGAAUACCCUUGAAGUGAAUUAGCAAUUUUGAUUUGGGCAUACUGGAUGCAUUGCUUUAUAUUGAAAUUGUAACAUUCUCUGUAACCAAACGACAGUAAAUUAUGUGGAAUCUUACCCUGGAGAACAUGUUACCAGAAGAACUUAUCUGGGAAUCAGGAACUUCCGGUCCGUGUCCUGGAUCUUUUUCUAGCUUCCCUGUAAAUCUCCAGGCAGCGUUUUCCUCAUCUGUAUAUUGAAUGUAUAAAAUUUGAUCUCAAAGAUUUUUUCUGAAUCUUAAAUGCACUUAUCGGUGGAUAGACCAAAUCAUUGUAACACAGGAACUUAAAUCUAGCUGGAGAAAGAUUCCCUGGACAAUUGAAUAAACAACUGUGGUUGUUACUUUGUAGAUACAGGGAAUUUAAAAAUCUGUUUUUAGGGACUUUCCCAAUGGUUCAGUGGUUAAGAAUCCGCCUGCCAAUGCAGGGGACAUGGGUUUGAGCCCUGGUCUGGGAAGAUCCCACAUGCUGUGGAGCAACUAAGCCUAUGCGCCACAAUUCCUGCACUCUAGAGCCUGAGAGCCACAACUACUGAGCCCAAGUGCUGCAACUACUGAAAUCCAUGCGCCUAGGGCUGGUGCUCCACAACAAGAGAAGCCACUGCAAUGAGAAGCCCCCGCAGCAUAAGGAAGAGUAGCCCCCAGUCUCCACAACUAGAGAAAGCCCGCAUGUAACAACAAAGACGCAAAGCAGCCAAAAAAUAAUAAUAAAAGAAUAAAAUAGAAAUAAAAAAAUUUUUAAAUAUAUAAUAAAAAAUAAAAUGUGUUUGUAGCCCUUUCGUUCAGUUGGUGGUAGCUCAGGCAGAAUGUGCCGAAUCAUUAACUUCCUUAGGUAUUCAUCUCGCAGAUUUUAUGGCCAAAAAUAUAUUUUAAGGUCCCUCCUCUAAGUAGUUGUUUUUAUUUUUAAACUGUCAGUGUUGUUUCAAAUAAUCAUGUACUUGUUGAGUUCCUGAGGUUUUGAACAAAUUACAGGUAAAAGUUGGAAUAUUUUAUUUAUGAAAAGCACAUACACGUGUAUUUUUCCUUGGUGAUUAGAAAAAAGAAUGAAAUAUGAUGUGACAAAACACAGAAUGAAUUGAUAAUUUUUCUGUAUUUUGAGUUAAAUUUGUCUGUAAUACAUCAAACAAGAAUGUCGUAUAAAUUCUAUGUCUUGUCUUUGGAAAAUGGUGUUGGGUAGCUAUCACUUGUGUAAAUUUUAAUCAAGUGAUUUUAGAAAGAAACUAGAUGCUUUCAAAAGCGCUCAUAUUUAUAAAUGUUGCAAAUAUAGCUUUUGCCUUUUGUGAAUGUUGGAGAAAUAUCUUUUAAAAUGUGUUUUAUAAAUAUGUGUAAACUUAGAGUAUUGCCCGGAGAUUGCCCAUCUGUCUAAAGUCAUUUUUCAUGUUCUAAUUUUUGCUCUUUGUACUAUUUAGCAGUAUGCUUGUUCUUCAGUAUUUCAGACUUGAGAUAAAUUUAU